CGAUUGAACUCUGAUUGGCGUAGAACACUUAACGCGAAAAUAUAGGCUGUGUAUCUUAAAACCAAGCGUUUUGAAUACGAUAUCGACCUAAGAAAAGAAUUAGCGGAAUUUCUAGUUAGCGUGGUGAGAAAAUUUAAACAAAGCCGCUAAAAUGCUGCCCCUGUCUUUACUGAAGACUGCACAGAACCACCCAAUGUUGGUGGAGCUUAAGAACGGAGAGACGUACAACGGACACUUGGUCAGCUGCGACAACUGGAUGAACAUUAACCUGCGAGAAGUCAUCUGCACCUCUAGGGAUGGCGAUAAGUUCUGGAGGAUGCCCGAGUGCUACAUCCGCGGGAGCACCAUAAAGUACCUGCGCAUCCCGGACGAGAUCAUCGACAUGGUGAAGGAGGAGGUGGUGUCCAAGGGGCGGGGCCGGGGCGGAGCCCAGCAGAACCGCCAGCAGCAGAAAGGGCGUGGCGGGGGCCCUGGCAGAGGUGUGUUCGGUGGGCGUGGCAGGGGCGUGCCGGGCGCUGGGCGGGGCCAGCAGGAGAAGAGGCCUGGCAAACCGCAGGGGGUGAAAAACCAGCACUGAGGGAGGGGGGGGAGACGGCGAGAGAGCGGGGCGGAGAGGAGGGGCGGGCGCAGCUCUCACAGCCGGCCACCAGUGGGCAGCGUUCACCCACAGCUCACAGACUGCAGUCGGAGCUCCUCUCCCUGGGGCUCUCUCUCUCUCUCUCUCUCUCUCUCUCCGUCUGCAGAAUCGUGCGGCUCUACGGAUCUCACGCUGAGAAACGCCAAUUUUCAGUUUUUCAUAGCAGUUUGUUGUUUCACGUUCAGAGGAAGAAGAAGAAAAAAAAGUAUAAAUCUGUCAGGCUGUGAACAGGCUUGGACAAGGCCGGCUGCUGUUCAGCCAUGUGUAUUAUUUCAUGUGCGAUUAGUCAAAAGUAAGGACACUGUCAGCGUAGUGUAUUUCUGUACCCUGCUAACCCCGCCCACCCCUUUGGGUAGAGCUACAUGAGGCAGGUAAAGGUGCUUCGAGCCUGAGGGGGGGGCAGGGGGGGUGACUCCCCGUGUGCGAGUUUGAACUGUGUAUUUUUACCUUUCAUUCUUCUGUUUUUUUGAGUGAUGUUCUCGGGGAACGGCCUGUAACGUUAACAUAUUUGUUUACAUGGGGGAAAAAACAAUAAUGCACAAUAAACUGUGUUCUUUUGUUUUGUUAAA